AUGGGCGCCGCAGCCGAGGAGACGGCCCGCGUGCGCAGCGAGUGCGAGCGUAUGCGCAAGGAAUCCGUGAGACUCGGCGACCGUCUAGCCGAGAUGGAGCGGUACCUCAUCAUGUUGCCGACGGAGAAGGAGCAUCGCGCGACGACGAGGAAGCUGCGCACUCUGGUGGAGGAGCGCGACAUUGAGAGGCGCCACCUGGAGGCAGCGAGGGGCGAGCUGGCGACGGCGGCGCGGCGAGAGACGGACAAGGACGACGCGAUGGCGCGGCUGAGAGAGGAACUCGGCGAGCGUGAUGGACAGAUCGCUGCACUGCGGGCGCGGAUAGAGAGAGCGGCGGAGGAGGAGGCGGUGAAUCGGGAAGGCACGCCGGAGACUCUAGCAGAGAUGAGGAAGCGGAUCGGGAUGCUGAGUGGGGAGCUGGCCAAGUACAGGAAGGUAUUUGCGGUGAAGCAUAGUAAGGAUACACGACAGCUGGAACAGCAUCAGCGGACGAUCCACGAACUCAGAGAGAGGCAGCAGCAGGAGGACAGCGCCCUCGUGGGGACGCGAGCCGAACUAAACGCCCGCGAGGCUGAUCUACGACAGUUGAGGGGCAGCAAGCGCGAGGUAAACAAGAGAACAGCAUUUAACGAUCGGCCCAUUGGUCGGUGGUAG